UUUUCUUCUUUUCAUCUAUAUAUCUAUCUAUCUGCUGUAAGUACAUAAAUAUAAUCAGUUCUUACAGAUAUUUUUGUCAAAUGCAAAUAUGUCCUUGUGAUUGUUAUAUGCAAACAGCAUUUCCAUAAAGACAAAUAUGAAAGACUCUUUUGAAAGGACCGAAACGCAUUAUGCAUGAAGAGUGAGAGUAACAACCUGCAGAAGUGCACUUUAUCUCUCGUGACGAAACAUCUGUGCAUAAGAAAAAAUAUGCUCCAUCUGGUGAUUUUGCUGCUAGCUUCAGGUUGUGUCACUUUGUGUUCACACAGUCUUCGAGAUUAUUACCUGAUAAAGGAGGCUAAGAUAUGGGACGAGGCCCAGAGUAACUGCAGAAAGAACUACACUGACCUUGCUACCAUUGGCAGCCAUGAUGACAUGAAGAGGCUGGUGAACAUGACAGCAGCCAGUGGUGUGACAACAGAAAUCUGGAUCGGUCUGAAAGAGACUGGGGUGGCGUCCUGGCUGUGGUCUGUAGGAGAAACUCAGACUAGUCACGGAUUAGCUGAAUACACUAACUGGGCCAUUUUUCCUAAUUCCUCUCACUAUUGUGGAGGCAUGAGGGGUGAUGGGAAAUGGCUCAGUGCACUCUGUGAAACAACACUUCCUUUUGUCUGUCAGGAAUAUAAGGGGUCCAGUGGGGUGUAUGUUGUUCUUCAAGAGCAGUCUUGGAGGCAAGCCCAAGAGUACUGUCGACUGAAAAAUAGUGACUUGGCCAGUGUGAGGAGCCAGACUGAAAAUCAGGCAUUACAGCAAACAGUUAAUGAAAAUGGGACAUCGCUGUCCUUGGUCUGGAUCGGUUUGUUCAGAGAUGAGUGGAAAUGGUCGGACAAGAGUGACAGCUCCUUCAGAUACUGGGAUAGCUCUCAGCCAAAUAAUGACGGGGUCUGCUCAUUGUAUAAUCCUUCUUCGAAGAACUGGUAUGACAGAGGUUGUACUAACUCAUACUUCUUCUUCUGCUAUAAUGAAAAGAAAGUCAUGAGGCAGAUAGUGAGGGUGGAAAUGAAAUCAGAUCCAUUCUUUAACUUCAGUGUUUCUGCUGUAAGCAAAGCCAUUUUGAACCAAAUCCAAAAAAAGUAUGAGGGGGUCAAGCUUCAGUGGAGCGUCCAGCCAGAUGGGAAUAUUUUCCAUAAAAAAGAAAGAAAUUAAUGAAGCCUGUCAGAAUGUGACAAAGUGAAGCUGCCACUAUGAAAUUAUCUGCAGUGUCAAACAAGACAUUACAAAUAUUCCUGAACAUCUGUGUGGGCACCUUAAGUUUGAACAUAAAAACACUCUAGCUACAGUGGUUACCACAGUAAUCAUGAGAAAUUAACUCUAUUAAAACUGAAUACAAAGCCUGAUGUAUUUUAAAGACACAUCACUGGUUGACCUGUUUGAAAUGCUGCCCUUAGGAAAGUGCUUUGAUGCAUUUAACAAAUAAGAAUUAUUAUAAAAAGUCAAUUACUCCUACAGUUUUUAAACCGUGCAGUUAAUACAUUUACAUUUUUCAGUGUUUUAUGUUCACUCUUAUUUCUCAUUAAUUAACAGUAGGUGUGCUGUGUCCUUUUGCAGAACAAUUACAUAACAUAGAUACAUAAACUUUUCCCCUUCUGACGCAUUGAAGCCUGUAAGCAUUAUCUUAAUGUGGAACUCCACUGAUUUAUAACACUGAAGUCUGUUUACAGGUCUUGGGGAGUACUACUGCAUAUGUGAAAAAAAGUUGUACAAAGCCUUUUGAGCCUCCAGAGGGAGCUGCGUAAAAUCUGAUAAAUUACCUAAAGUGACGUCUGUGGUAGAGUUGCAUUUUGGGUAAUGUAGGCACCAAUUGACAAGGAAGAAGGAAGCAUGGAAUAAAACAAGGGAUAUCUCUGGUUCUGCUGCAUCGAUUUUGAUCUGUCCAUCAUGAAUCCGACAAAGUUAUAGGAGUACAAUGCUAAAUCGGUGAUUCUUUUAAGGCAACAAAAAGAAAGACACUUGAGGCCUUUUUUCUUUAACAAUGAAUUUAUGUUCCCUCGUAAUAUUGCAUUAAAAAAGGCUGACAAUAGCAAUACAAUGAGACAAGCUCAACUGAUCUGGAGUAAAAACAAGAAAGGCAAUAAUCAAUGGAGAAAAACAGAGGAAUCUGCGUCACUGGUAACACACCAACCUUUGAAUCAAAUUGCUUGACUAUAAAGUGCCACAUCUGACCUGCUUGAGACUGGAUAGCUGCACAUGAUGUUCAUAAUUAUAUCUUGCAUUGUUAUGGUGCUUGUUUAAUAAGUGAUGAAAAUAAAAAAUACAAAACAGA